CAGCAGCCCCCCGGGGGGAGGGUGUGACUCCACGGUAUAAAUACACUCGCUCUCGGCUGCGGCGCGUCUUCGCACCGGCAGCAGCUGCUUGUGGAGGGAGACGCGCACAAUGGCAGCGCCGAAGAAAGUCUGUGUAAUUGGCUCCGGUAACUGGGGCUCUGCCAUUGCCAAGAUUAUAGGCGCCAACGCAGCCAAAUAUGACAAGUUUGACACCACGGUGAACAUGUGGGUGUUUGAGGAGAUGGUGAACGACCGUAAGCUGACGGAAAUCAUCAACACAGACCAUGAGAAUGUCAAAUACCUGCCUGGUCACAAGCUGCCCCCCAACGUGCUGGCUGUCCCAGACCUGGCUGAGUCUGUGAAAGGAGCCGACAUCCUCAUCUUUGUGGUGCCUCACCAGUUCAUAGUGAAAGUGUGCGACACCAUCAAAGGCCACAUCAAGCAGGAUGCUGUGGGGAUGUCCCUCAUCAAGGGUGUGGACGCGGGUCCGGAGGGUCUGAAGCUGAUCUCCGAGGUGAUUCGAGAAAAACUGGGCAUCGUUAUGACGGUCCUCAUGGGGGCAAACAUCGCCAACGAGGUCGCCGACGAGAAGUUCUGCGAAACAACCAUCGGCUGCACAGAUAAAGCGCUCGGGUCUGUGCUGAAGGAGCUCAUGCAGACCACCAACUUCCGCGUGACUGUGGUGAAUGAGUCUGAUGUUGUGGAGAUCUGUGGAGCGCUCAAGAACAUUGUCGCAGUAGGUGCUGGUUUCUGUGACGGCCUGGGCUUCGGAGACAACACCAAAGCAGCGGUGAUUCGCCUCGGCCUGAUGGAGAUGAUUGCCUUCGCCAAGGUCUUCUGCACAAACUGCCCCGUGUCCCCCGCCACCUUCCUGGAGAGCUGCGGGGUCGCCGACCUCAUCACCACCUGCUACGGCGGCCGCAACCGCCGCAUCGGAGAGGCGUUCGCCAAAACAGGCAAAAGCAUUGAGCAGCUGGAGAAGGAGCUGCUGAACGGUCAGAAGCUCCAGGGCCCAGCGACUGCAACGGAGGUUCACCAGGUUUUGAAACAGAAAAACAUGGUGGAAAAGUUUCCCCUGUUCACUGCUGUCUACCAGAUCUGCUUCAACAGCCACCCGGUCACAGAGUUCAUCAAGUGUUUGCAGAACCACCCAGAGCACAUUUAAAAACUGCUAUGAAGAAUGAUGAGUGGCUGAAAGUUGGGACAGGACUUUACACUAACCAAGGAUUUUAAAGGCGGCAGCAGACAGCAAGACCUGCAUCUUAUCUUUAUUUCCUGUUUCCCUCCGUGAGCCGCUGGUGUUACAGAACCGAUAGAAGCAAAACUUCGGUCGCACAUCAAACACAGCUGCACAAAUGAACCGAGUCUUAAACAUCUGAAGAAUUAGCGAAUUUCUCUGCUGCACAUAACAAUAAUAAUCUAACCUUUGACCUUAAGAAAUGUCAAGUCACAACUUCUCCCUCCGUCCAUCUGAAAAUGUAACAGACUAGAUUUAUUUUUGGAAUAAAUGAUUCAGCUCGUUUUA